AUGGAGGGUAACGAUAAUACGGCAUAUUUCCAUGGGUUGGUCAAUAAAAGGAAGGCGUCUAAUGUUAUCCCCGAUCUGAUGGUUGAGAACAACUCUCUAGUACGACCGAAUCUCGAGUGUUCGUUCGAGAAAAAAUUAUCGGAAGAGGAAGCGAAUGGUCUGAUUGGUGAAUUUUCGAAGGAGGAGAUCAAGACUGCGAUUUUCGAAUGUGGCAGUGAGAGGGCUCCGGGCCCAGAUGGGGGUUGCACAUCCUCGUUUAUUACGCUUCUCCCAAAGAUUAAAGAGCCGGGUGGUUUUGGAGAUUAUCACCUUAUUAACUUAACCAGUAUCCUGAACAAAGUGGUGUCGAAAGUGUUGUCUAAUAGAUUAAAGAAAGUGACCGGGUCAGUGAAUUCGGUAAAUCGAACAGCUUUCAUUAAAGAUCGGUUGUUUUUAGAUGGUACUCUUAUCUUGAAUGAGGUCAUCUUAUGGGUAAAAAAAAGGGGUAGUAAUGCUUUUCUAUUCAAAAUUGAUUUUGGUAAAGCGUACAAUAAUGUUAACUAG